AUGACGAUUUCCUCCAAGGUGAAUGAUCUCCUGGUCCGAUUGCCGCGUCUUUUCGACUUUGCCUGCACGCCGGACCUUGACACCAGUCUGAUGCGGAUUCUCUACUACGCCCUUUCGGGAAAUGGAGAGCAUUAUCGGCUGUUGUUUCCGGAUCUCGUCGUAAACGGGGACUUUCCGUCCAGCUGGGAGGACACGAUCAUCCACGAUUACCAUGGGUUCCUGACAAAAGGCCGAUUUUUUGACCAACAGCAAAAGAGUACCAGCAAAGCCCACCACGGGAGAAUUUGUGCGCGCAAAAUCGAAAAGAACCAAAUAGUCUACAACUGCUAUGACUGCGGAAUAGACGAGACAUGUUGUCUAUGUGACGACUGUUUCAACAAGGAACAGCACUCGGAUCACAACGUCGGAACGCACAUAUCCACUGGAGAUGCGAUCUGCGACUGCGGAGAUCUAGACUCUUGGAAAUGCGAGCUCAAUUGCGUGGCCAACAGCACUAUGGAACCGGAGCCGGAAGAUUUGCCCGACGAUUUGGUGCAUAAUAUCUACGAGGUGGUACAGACGAUCCUUGACUAUUUCAUCGAUGUGCAGUCGCUAAACACGCAGAUCGUGCCAGGUACUCGCAGUUACCUGUACUCCAAACACGACCCAAACAUGUUCAAGCAGCAUUCCGACGCAGCAAAACUCUCCUUCGAAAAAUACGGGGUCGAUGACGUCAACUCGGAAGCUUUCUGCUUGGUUGUUUGGAACGACGAGUUCCACGACUGGGCUACUUCACAGCAAAGCAUUGCACUUGCGCUGCCGAGUAUUGGCACCGAUAAGAAGCAGCUGCUCACACAAGAAAUAGACAGGGUAGGCAAGUGCACGAUAUCCGUGAGCACGCAUGUGGAUAUUCUGCUUGACGAAUUCUACAAAGUCCAGACACAUGGAUUGACGGCCACCAUCGUGUCUUCAAGAGACGUUUGUAGAGAUUUUUUGUGUGAGAUAAUCAUCAAGUGGCUGUCCACAAUGACCGAACACCCAAACUCUAAGAUUGCCGAAACGAUAAAGACCGCAAUUGCCACACACAUGUUCAGCCAGUAUCAUAGUGUUCAUGAAAGGCAGAGUAUUCAAGAGAAUUUGUAUGAUUUUGAACGGAAAUCAAUUUUUGGCAAUCUUCUCCCCGACUUCAAAAUACCAAAUAUACCCGGAAGUCGAUUGAAAAGGGACACCACUAUUUCAUUACUGCGCUCCAAUGGGAUACAUUGUACUCAGGAAGCAUUGAAUCCAGGGGAGCCCGUUGCUGCAUCGACAACAAGAAUACAGCUCUUCUUCUUUCUUGAAAUGAGACUUUGGAAGAAACUCCGUAAAGUUUUACGCAGUUUAUUGAUGCCCACCUUAACUACAUCCUACAAAUACAGACAGACUCUAGCGGACCAAAUAGUGGAGAUUUUACCGGCUCUUGAAUUGACACAGGCAAUGUAUGACCGCGAAUGGAACUUAUCGCUGCUGGACCAUUUCCGCCUACAAAUAUAUUUGGAUCCAAAUAUUGGGACCCAUUUGCUGAAAGCUGGAAAAUUAGACAGAAUAUUUCAGAGCGCUCUCCAAGUUUUCAAGAAAAAUGUGCAUUCAGAUACAGGUGUUUAUGCUCCACAGCAGAAUGUCCAUGAUUGGAAGAUACAAAGACUACUGAAUGCCGAAUCUGCGUCACUUAGAGGAUUAGAAACCCUUGCAAACUAUAUUAAGCCUGGAGCAGAGGAGAUUAUGAAUGUCGACACUUUAUGCUACAUUCUUCUUAUCCUCAAAAUUUUCACUCAAUCCUGGUCACUGAAGCGCAAAACCGAUGUUCAUGUUGAGCAUGAGAGCGAGGAGAGCAAACUCUAUUUCAUUCGUGCCCAUCAAGUCUACAAUCUCACCAAACACAUUGGCAAAAUUAUUGCUGGUGUUGACCAUAGAUCGGAAAUUGUCGAAAACGCAAUUGCAGUCAUAGGAUUAUAUCUGAAUUGUACCUGUGUUUAUGACAAUGAUUUAGACAUCAUCAAGUAUGAUGUCGCCAGAGAGAAGACGUCAUUUAUCCAUCCCAUCCAUUCUCUUCUCGCUGAAGUCUGCCGCAAUUAUAAGUUCUUCGAGCCACAGAUGUUGGAGCGAGAAAGCUCGCAAGUGCAUUUGGCAGGGUCUCUACUUGUUGCUGAUAAAAAUGUUGAUUACAUCAAUCUUUUUGCUAUUGCGGACCAGGUCCUUCGCAGCCAGGUGCUUUCGGCUCAAAUUUUGUCUGGCUUCUGGGUUAGAAAUGGACAAGAGGCUGUUUUUCAGGAAUUGUCGUACAGAUACAUUUUCAACCCAGAAGGUGACUUGUAUUUAAACCAGCUGAGUGUCUUGAAAGAGACUUCACUGAAGCGCUCGCUUCUCAACAUCCUUGAUAGAUAUGGGCUGUUGAACUGCGUUAUGGGCGACUUACAGUUUGACAACACUGUCUACGAGGAGAAAAUCUACGCUAUCAUUGGAGAGCUGGUUAAUUUCUUGUAUCGGAUGCUCACUUAUCGUGUCUUCUUUGAUAAAAGCAUCAGUCAAGAAGAUAUUGAGUACCUGAAAACUAAAUAUUCCAUCUGCUACAGAUUGAGUCUGAAUCCCGUUCAGUAUACCGAACUGAAACGAUUGGUGGACAACCCUUCAUAUUUUGACCGUGCAUUGAACGAGGUUGGUGAAUUUGUGCCUCCAACAGGUAUCAGUGAUUAUGGACAUUACGUUUUGAAACCUGAAGUUUAUCAGGAACUGGACCACAUGAGCUUCUUUAACCGUAGCAAUUCCCAGGAUGAUUUGGAGAUGUCGUUGUUGAAAAGUCUCGCCAAGUUGAAGAAAAAAAAGGUUGAAGACGUCAUCAUUGUGCCGCAGAUUUACAAGCUCAAGGAUGGUGACUUGGCAGGAUUUUCUCGGAUUGGUUCAGUCCUGAGAACACCUAUUUUUGUGAAGUUUCUCUACAAAGCGUUGUCUUUUGCAAUUUCCUCGGACAAUGACUAUUACGUUCCCUCGCUGCUUCACCUGAUUCAUGCCAUUAUUAUUGAUGAUGGGCUAUACCAUACGGAUGAGAACCAUGGUCUUCAAAGCUUCAUUGACAUACCUGUUUGCAACUUACUACUCACCAUCAUUCAGAAGGAGGACAUUUCGAAAAUUGUUGCAAAGAAGGCCUCUCAUAUCUUAGAUUUGUUAUUGAUGAAAGAUGAAAGUGUCCUGCAGUCAUUAGUUGACUGUUUUGGACAGGCCCACAUUGAUGAGUUCAAGAAGACUGCUAAUGGCAUAGUUUUGGAAACUAAGAAGGAGCGUGCAAAAAGGCUAGCAUUGAAAAGACAGCAAAAGAUCAUGAAAAAGAUGAGCAAACAGCAAGCUGCGUUUGUGGAGAAAAACAAGGAAUUCUUCGAGGAGUCGCCCGCCUCCAAUGAGAUGGAUACUGACAACACUGAAACUGAGCUUCGAAGUUGUAUUUACUGCCGAAACCCAGAAAACUACAAUGAACUAUUUGGUAUGCCCACUCUUAUUUCCCAUUCAUCUAUUUUUUGGAACAUUCCAAUUUUGGACAUGGAUGCGCCAUCAUUUAUGAUCCCUGGUUUCCCGCAAGCCGAAUCCAAGACUCGCAAGCGUAAGUGGAACGAUCUGGUGAACGACAUUUCCUGUUUUGGCACCAAGUGUACGCGGUCAAAGUAUGUCAUCACAGGAUGUUUGCAUGGGAUGCAUUUCAGCUGCUUCCACAACUAUCUGAAGGAGAACAGAUUUGACGUCUCACAGUAUACGUGCCCUUUAUGUCAAUCAUACUGCAAUUCGUUCAUUCCCACGUCUCCAUUUCCUGAUUUUGAGCUUGAGAUCGCAUCAGAACUCAAGUCGCGCAGCUGGCAGAAUAUAUAUCACGAGAAUCAUGGAGAUAAUUGUUCUGAGCUUAGCAGCUAUGUGUUUGAUAAGAAGAUGUUCCGUGUGUUGUCUCACUCUGAAACACCUGCUUACAAGACAAUAAUGAAGCAGCUGAAGACUUUGAUGAAAGAAAACAAGAUCAUGCGGAAGGUGGCCAAGACCUCUUCUCAUUUACUUUCGAUGAAAUUCUCGUUGCCUAUUCUUUUGGGAAACACUCUGGAAAUGUACGAGAUUGCUUCGAGGUUUGACUUUGACGACCAGAAGGACGACUUGAGCUCAAUGAACACUACUCUGCUACAAUCUCUGAUCCAGUUUCGCGUGCUUCUCAAUUAUCUACCUCCGGACCCGACAAGCGAACAAAAAAGGUCUGCCGAGUACAAUACGUUGUUAAGAACCAAUAAUUUUGGAUUUACCACCGAGAUGAUGAUUCUGUACUUGGAAGGAAACGAAUCUUGUGAUAUUUUGAUGAGAGUUGGAAUGACCAAAUGGAUUGUUAAGAGCUUUUUCUCAUUAAUUUCUCGGUUCAGUUUGAACCCAAAUAACCUGAAAAUUGAUAGUAUUUUGGAUCAAACAGACCCAGUGGACGAGUCGAUUAAGGAUAUGUUUGUCACUCUUGCCAAGAAAUGUGCCGCCAACUUGUUUAGAAAAUUCAUUAGCGAGAUCGGGCCAACAUACUACGAGGACGAGCUAGUGAAUAAAAUUCACGCCAUCAUGAUCAACAUUUUUAAUCGCUACUACCGCCAGUUGGAAUUUGUUAAGCACACUUUCAAGCUCAGUGGUGGACAUUUUCUUACGUUUAACGAGCUAUUCCAAAAUCUCAAGGACCCAAAAAGUCUUGAGUACUCUGUUUCAGUGCAAAUGGCGACACUAAUGUCCCACUACCUGAGCUCACCCAACGCGCUGGUUUUGGACUUCCCAGGAAGGGUUCAUUUAUGCGAUCUUCCGGAAAAGCUUACAGAUUUUCUCAAGAACGAUCUAAUCAGCAAGGAAAAGGCCUCAGAAAGAAAGUUCCUCUGUCUGUUCUGCGGGACGCUGGUGAAGAAAAAAGUCCAGCAUUUGACCAGCUGCAAGCUUAACGAUGCAAGCUACUCGCUGUUUUUCUCGCCGUUCAAUAACAAGUUGGAAUUUGAGCUCACAGCUACGAAAAGCAACUUUUUUGUGGACAUCCAGAUUCCCAACGGCGCGUCUGUCAACGUGGGCUCGCCAUACUUCAACAAACACGGUGAGCCGGCAGGCGGUCUGCUGGGCGCUGGGGAGUCCGGAACAUUACAUUUGCCUCGAUAUAACUACAUCAACAAAAUCUGGCUCAACCAGUUCUUGAUCUCGACCAUUUACCGAGACCUCCACACGACUAUUAUGCGUCGGAGAAGAGCGGCGCCGUUCCAAUUUGGUAUUCCUGCACGCGAUCCACCACAGGCGUCGGACGAUGACGAGGAGAUGAGCGAAGAUGUGGACGACGACACAGAGGCGAUGGACCCUGAAGAGUUUCUGACCGAUCUGUUAAUGCGCCAGGGCUACUACGAGCUGCUAUAA